GCUCACUUUAUAUCUGCACUUUACUUUGUUAUUCCUUCUUCUUCUUCUUCUUUUGAUUCCUGGGUUGUGUGGAAAACACUCUAAGCUCAUCUGCUUCACCAAUGGCUGACAUUACCCACCUUCCCAUGGAACAGCUCCAAGACCUUGAGUAUUGCAUAGAUUCCAACCCUCCUUGGGUUGAAACCAUAGUUCUAGCAUUUCAAAACUACAUCAUGAUGCUGGGUACAAGUGUAAUGAUUCCUUCAGCCCUUGUCCCUGCAAUGGGUGGAAGCGAUGGUGAUAAGGCACGAGUCAUACAAACACUCCUCUUUGUAGCUGGAAUUAACACACUUCUCCAAGCACUUUUUGGAACCAGGUUGCCUACUGUAGUUGGAGGCUCCUUUUCUUAUGUCAUUCCCAUAGCUUAUAUUGUAAGCGACUCCAAACUGCAACGGAUUAUUGAACCCCAUGAAAGAUUUAUUCAAACAAUGCGUGCUAUCCAAGGAGCUCUAAUUGUAGCUUCAAGCAUACAAAUCAUUCUGGGUUACAGCCAAGUUUGGGGUCUCUUCUCACGGUUUUUCAGUCCACUUGGCAUGGCACCUGUAGUUGGAUUGGUUGGCUUGGGAUUGUUUGAGCGGGGGUUUCCUGCGUUGGGAAAUUGUGUGGAAAUUGGAAUUCCAAUGCUGUUGUUGGUCAUUGGUUUGUCCCAAUAUCUGAAGCAUGUGAGACCAUUUAGAGGUGUCCCUAUUUUUGAGCGGUUUCCAGUAUUGUUUUGUGUCGCAAUCAUUUGGAUCUAUUCCCUUACCUUAACUGCCGGUGGGGCUUACCGUGACAAACCUGUUAGAACUCAAAUCAGCUGCCGUACAGACAGGGAAAAUCUCAUAUCUACUGCCCCAUGGUUCAAGUUCCCAUAUCCUCUGCAGUGGGGUCCUCCUACAUUUUCAGCUGGUCACUCAUUUGCAAUGAUGUCAGCUGUUCUUGUUUCAAUGGUUGAGUCAACCGGUGCAUACAAGGCAGCAUCAAGAUUGGCGAUUGCCACUCCUCCUCCUGCUUAUGUAUUGAGCCGUGGUAUUGGCUGGCAGGGAAUUGGCAUUUUGCUUGAUGGACUUUUUGGUACAGGCACUGGUUCUACUGUUUCUGUGGAAAAUGUAGGACUUCUUGGACUGACCCGAGUUGGAAGUCGUAGAGUUGUUGAAAUUUCUGCUGGAUUCAUGAUAUUCUUCUCAAUCUUAGGUAAAUUUGGGGCUGUAUUUGCAUCUAUACCCUUCCCAAUAUAUGCAGCACUAUAUUGUGUUGUCUUCGGCCUCGUGGGUUCAGUAGGAUUGUCAUUUCUUCAGUUCACAAACAUGAACUCUAUGAGAAACCUCAUUAUCACCGGGCUUUCCCUGUUCCUUGGGAUAUCUGUCCCUCGGUUCUUCAACGAAUAUUGGAAUCCUUCGCACCAUGGUCUCGUCCAUACCAACGCUGGAUGGUUCAAUGCAUUUUUGAAUACCAUAUUCUCCUCUCCUCCGACGGUGGGGUUGAUUGUGGCGGUGUUUCUCGACAACACCUUAGAGGUGGAAAAAUCAAAGAAAGAUAGAGGAAUGCCAUGGUGGGUUAAGUUCAGAACGUUCAGAGGAGACAACAGAAAUGAAGAGUUCUACACUUUGCCAUUUAAUCUCAACAGAUUCUUCCCACCUACGUAGCAGGCAGGAUUUGGAUGAAAGUUGAGACCAACACUUGAGCCAAGCUAUCCAAUUCCAAUAUUCUAACAAUGAUUGGUUCAUCUCCAUUAGUGUAGUAGUAGUAUUAUCCAAUCCAAGGAUUAUCUUAGCAAAUGCGAAUUUUUCUUCAGCUUCACUAUUUUUUUUGUGGGCCUCUCUGUCCUUAGGUCCAGAAUAGGAGAUUGUAGAGCAUUUCGUCCAUGUCUUCUUCAACCCAAAAUAAUGAAAUAAUAUAAUUUCCUUCUUUCUCUAA